AUGCUCAACAAACUGUCUGCGCUUCUGAAGCAAGUGGCCGAAGACGAAGCCGACGAUACUUCGAACGAACAAUUCUAUUCUGUAGCCGAGGAUAAACCCGGAGAAAGUGGGAUAGAAAUGGAGGUAACAUCAGCUGCCGAGAUGUCAGAAACAGAGGGCUCAGUAGGAUCUAUGAUGCGCCUAAACUACCACAACCUACCAUCGGGGGUAAUGUCUUCCUUGACUUCGGCGACUCUUAGAGCCGGCGGUCGACGAUCAGACGGAAUUCAUACUCCGGGUUCUGUCGCAUCGAAUUUCACAUCGGCCACUAUGCGCCCUGGCCGGGGCGGAGGGAAGACCUUUAAGGUGGAAGGUCUCCUGUAG